AUGGUGCUAGACGAGAUUUCGUUCCGCGUCGAUCUCGACUUCCAUUACUCGGCUCUUCUCAUCUCUGGCGGCGGCGAUGCCUCAGUCAACGUCAUACUCAAUAUGGACAUCGAUCUGGUGUUCUUGAACCGCGGUGGCGAGCCGCAAGUCUAUGCCGGGUCGGUCAACCCCAACCUCCAGAAGUUUGAUGUAUCUGUUCACGGCGGAGCUUCGUACGUGCUGCUGCCCUUCCAUCUGCGACCGUUCGAGCUACCCAGGUGGUUCUAUGGCGUGUUUGUCGACAUCUUCAAGGGGAAGAUAAAGGACGCCUUCGUCUCGGCCCUGAAGCAACAGGUGACUGCUGCCAUUUCGGACAUCAACCAGCACUUCCCGGUCAAGACGGCGGUGAACGAUGUUGUCGGCAUCAAUUACGCUCUCGUGUACGAGCCCGUCAACCCUUACAUUGCGUCCUUUGGCGCCCUCACCAAUCACAUCGGCCGCUUCUAUUGGCUCAACGGCACCACCAACUGCCCCUACCCUUCGGGCGAAAUGAUCCCAGACUUGGAGCAGUUGGGUGACAGAAACCUACAGCUCAUGGCGCACGAGAGCUUCAUCACCUCGGUCGGCUGCGCCUAUCUUGCCGCGGGCAAACUGGCGCUCACCUUGGAUCAAUCCUCCAUCCCGCCCAACUUCCCUGUGCAGCUGAACACGACCUACUGGCAGUUCUUUUUGCCCAAUUUGUACUUCAAGUUCCCGAAUGCUGGGAUGAAGUUUGAGGUGGUGGGCACCUCUCCUCCUGUGACGACCAUCGGCACCACUGCGCUUGGCGAGACGAUGACCUUCAAUACCACCUGCUAUGCCAUCCUUAGCGACGGAACUACGGUUCCCGCUUUCACGCUCGGUACCGAUGUCGCUAUCGGAUUCACAGUGGCUCUCACGAAGGGCAACCUCACGGCAAACUUUGAUUCAUUCAAGGUCGGCCUGAGCCUGCUG